AUGACUCGUUGCGACGAUCUCGGAGCGUUAUCUAUAGUGUGUUCCCAAUUUGAUUUUGUAUCAUGUGGGACUCACGGGGUCAUCGAAUGUCAUGUGCCGCAGCCAGAUCACUCACAAAUCCUGACGACAUUUAAUCGUCGAGGGAGAAGAUUUCCAGCGGAGGCGAUCUACCCUUUGCCGGUUGCUUCUUAUUCUCCUUGGUCUCAUGAAGCGAACGAGGUCAAGAAAUUCUGA